AUGAAGUUCCCAUCGAAUCCGCCGGCUCUCAGCCAGAGCCUUCUUGGCUGGGCUGAGGAGGCAGCCAUCUCCAUCGUGAUGGUUGUCAGAUCUCCUCAGCAAUCCCUCGACAGUGCUUGGGCAGUCUCUCGCAAAUAUUUCUUCUCUGUGAUUUUCAUCUCGCUUCUGGUGUCCAAAUUCUUCCAUGUCUGCGUCCAACUUACUUCGAUGACUGCGCCAUCUUUCUUGCCCUGGGGACCCACCUUCUUCCUAGUAGAUAUCGUGCUCAUUUUGGUAGCGUGCGGCCUUGCGCGAUGGUUUGAAUGGCGGAUAAUUCGGGACAUCGCGGCUGUGGUCACUGUUGCGUUUGGUAUCUAUGCCUCGUCGAUCGCAUCUGCCGACAUCUCGUUUUAUGUUCACACGGGCGCGGAGAUCUUCUACCCGCAGAAAUCGAAAGGCUCUAAACCCAACCCCGCGAAGUGGACUGUUCUGUCCGCCUUCGUCGCCGCUAUCUUCGUCGACGGUGUUAUUUUGGUCGGCGCAUACUUCGCAACGCCGCAUCUCUUCCGCGUGACCAAAGCUUUCCUCGAAAUCUGGGGUUCGCUGUUGUUCUCCCCAUUCGGUUGCUGUCGUCGCCAGAGAACGCCCUCGGCGGACUCAGAGAACUACGAGCAGAUUGCAAUCGAUGACUAUGAUGAGAAUAACCACGAUUCCGAGAAUCCCCAGGAAACCGAGAACCACGAGGCCGAGAAUCACCGCGAAACCGAUCCUCUCGCCCAAAUGGAUACGCCCCGAGAGAAGCCCGAGCAAAAGAGAUGGUCUUUGCUUCACCGUGUCCUUGCGAUCUCGUUCGGCUUGAUCAUAGUUUUGCUUUGUCUCGUUCGCCCGUACGAUCGGAAUUAUACCUCUAUGUCUGAGUCUCUGGCUUUCGCACCGUUCGCCAGCGACGAUUCCCGGUCCACUCAUGGAAGUGCCCCAGCAAAACCGGCUCCUCCAGCGAACCAGCCUCCUCCAGCGAAACCGGCCACCCCAGCAAAGCCGACCGCCUCGGAGAAAGCAAGUCCCACGUGGGCGACUCCAGUUAUGACGCCACUGCCGUCCGAUUUCAGCUGGCUGGAAGACACUACUGCUUUGGACACAUUCCCGAAAUUCGACUGGUUGCCGUCUUUCAAUUCUUCGAACGAAUUACCCGAUUGGUCUCCUUUUCGCCUCAACAGACACGACGAUCCUGAUUAUGACUAUGAACAUUACAACCCGCAGAAAGACCCUCUCCAUAUCCCCAAUCUCCACAACGAUAUUUUGGAGCCUAUCCGUGAAGCGAUCCACAACGGAAGUGUCAAGAUCAAACAUGUUGUUCUCCUCAAGUUAGAGAGCACUCGGCAAGACAUGUGGCCUUUUAGCUCCAGUUCCUACAUUAUGAAGCAUAUCAGAGAGUCUUACCCGGAUGGAGAAAUCCCCAAGGAAGUCUUGGAUAGACUGUCCAGCCUCACCCCUACCGCCGAGCGAUUGACUGGGUCUGAUAACGGAUUCCGUCAGGGCAAGGAAAGCAGUCGUCCGAAGCCCUAUGGUGGGAUCACUGCGAAUAACUCUUGGACUGCUGGAACUUACAGUCUAAAGAGUCUUACCGGCACUUUCUGUGGCGUGGACUCGAUGGCUGUCGAGGGCAACCACGAGUAUCAGCACGAUAUUUACCAGCCUUGCUUUCCACAUAUCCUCAGUGCACUGAACAAUCAGCCCAAAACUACCAAUGAGACCGAUGAUUGGGGUUCUUGGCCGUGGCGCACUAUGUACUUCCAGGCAUCCUCCGAUAGCUGGGACCAUCACUACGAUCUCACUCCAGAAUUUGGGUUCGAGGAUACCUGGGUGAAAAGAACGAUUGAUGAGGCAGGGGGCAAAUACAUCCCGGAAGAGUCAGAAGAAGAGAAGGGCCAUGGCCAUGAGGAUAAAGUGAUGAAGAACUACUUCCGGGAUGCCAUCGAGGACGCCAAGAAGAACAACACUCGCCUCUUUAUCGCUCAUCUCACCCACAAUACCCACACACCCUACUACAUUCCUCGCGAGUACAAGGAGAUGCUUGGGGAUAAGUCGGAUGAGCGGAACGAGAGGCUGGAGCGGUACCUCAACACCAUGGCCUACCAGGAUGAGUGGGUUUCCGAUAUCCUUAAAGUUUUCGAAGAUGCCGGAGUCGCCGAUGAGACACUGUUUAUCAUGACUGGUGACCACGGCCUCUCACUUCCGAAUGACGGUGGAAUCACCGCGAGAGACUCUCCUCAUGUCGCCAAUUUCCACGUGCCUCUACUCUUCGCGCACCCCAAGCUUCCGCAGCUCGAAAUUGACAAUGCCACGAUGUCUACUCAAAUUCUGCCGACUAUCCUGGAUCUGCUUAUCGAAACGUCUUCCGUCAACGAGGAGUCGACUAAGAUUCUUAGGGACUUGCUCUCCCUCUAUGGCGGACAGUCGAUCAUCCGUACCAUGAUCCCGGAGCAAAUGGGCUGGAAGGAGUGGCACUUCGGCACGACGAACCCUGGAGGCGGAAUGGUCUGUUUGCGCUCUGCCGCUCAGCCGUAUCGUUUAGUGGUGCCCCUCAAUUCCGAUGGCAGGUGGCGCUUCACCAACUUCGUCGAAGACCCCUUCGAACUGGAGCCCCUGGAGGAGAACGAAGCCGAUUCUCUGAUCACUACCGUGGAGAAGAAGCAUGGGCCGGAUGCUGCGAACUGGCUGGAUGAGGCAUCCCAGGUGGCUACGUGGUGGAUUGAUGACAACUUCCGUCGCUGGAAGUGGGAUCCCUCGAACCCGGAUAACGAGUACCCCUAA